GAAGCUGGACACGUGGUGGUCCUCGCUGGGAGUGUUAGAUGCUGAUGCGUUGAAGGGCGUGAAACCGGCAGCUGCUUUCUGCUAGCAUCUCCGUUUCCUGCAAAGAAGAAGAAGAAAAGCAGCACCAAAUCCAUUUAUUCAUUUUUUAAAAAAUCAUCAUCGCCGAAACUGUCCCCUCGAACUUUCUUGGCAAAGGAGCGAUCUCCGGGAAGAUUUGAGGCGUGCAUUCUAUUUUUUCUCUUUUUCUUUUUUUAGCCUAAAGCAUUCAUUUCCUAAAACAAAGUGAACGAAAGCAUCGGGCAGCUUGAAAGCCCUUUGCUGGGUAGCAGUUAGCAUCGGGUGGGACUGAAAACUAUACUCAACCACAUAACUUUUUAGCCCUUCUUCACACACACACACACACACAUACACACACACACACACUCAUAUAUGUCCUACCACCGCUGCCCUCGACUGGUCAAAUUUCAUCACAAAAUGAGAAUUUGAUAGCUCUGCCGAUUGAUUGAAGAGAGUCACCUCUAGCUCUCUUCACAUCCAGACUGCUUAGCGGUUGAAGUUGAACAAGACUUGAUUGCUGAUCAGUUGGAAAAGCGGUGCCCAUCGUAGAGCUGUUCCCCAUGGCUAAAACAGAGAGAUAAAGAAGGGCCACCAUCAUCAGCUGGGCUGCUUCAGGGUUGGUCUUCCAUGUGAGGUUUCCAUGCUGAUCCGGAGAACCUCCCCAAAGCUGGUCUGUGACUUGCUCAAGAUUCCAGGAUCCCUUGCCCUUGGUUUCAUCUGCCAUGCUUCACCACGCGGCACUCUUAUUGCACUGUCUGCCUCUGGUCAUGGGACAGUAUGAUAUCUGCAAAUCCUGGGUGACCACAGACAAUGGGCCAAUGUGGGAGUUUUACGCUUGCCAGCCCAAAGCAGUGGCCAUGAAGGACUUUGCUACCGUCAGGGUGGAACCAUCCGGCAUCACCUGUGGGAAUCCGCCCGAGCGCUUUUGCACACAUGAAAACCCAUACUUGUGCAGCGAUGAGUGUGAUGCCUCCAACCCAGACCUGGCCCACCCCCCCAAGCUGAUGUUCGAUAAAGAAGACGAAGGCCUGGCAACUUACUGGCAGAGUGUGACCUGGAGCCGUUAUCCCAAACCUUUGCUGGCCAACAUUACCUUGUCUUGGAACAAAAGCAUUGAGUUGACCGAUGAUAUUGUGUUGACUUUUGAGUAUGGCCGUCCCACCAAAAUGAUCCUCGAGAAGUCAUUGGACAAUGGGAGGACUUGGCACCCGUACCAGUACUACGCGGAUGAAUGCAACGAAGCAUUUGGCAUGCCGGCCCGGAAGGUGCGGGAACUCUCCACCACCAGCGUCAACAGGGUUAUCUGCACGGAGGAGUACUCUCGCUGGGUGGGGUCCAAGAAAGAGAAAGACGUCCGGUUUGAGGUGAGGGACCGCUUUGCCAUUUUUGCUGGACCAGAGCUCAGAAAUAUGGACAAUCUUUACACCAGGCUGGAGAGUGCCAAAGGCCUCAAGGACUUCUUCACCAUGACCGACUUGAGGAUACGGCUUUUGAAACCAGCUCUCGGGGGGACCUACGUCCAAAGGGAGAACUUGUACAAAUACUUCUAUGCGGUCUCCAAUAUCGAAGUCACAGGCAGGUGCAAAUGUAAUCUCCAUGCCAACCAGUGCAUUUUCAAGGAGGGAAGUCUCCAGUGUGAGUGUGAACAUAACACGACGGGACAGGACUGCGGCAGAUGCAAGAAGAAUUUCCGGAGCAAAUCUUGGAGAGCUGGUUCUUAUCUUCCCCGUCCCAACGGUUCUCCUAAUGUGUGUGCCGCUCCCAAUUUUGGCAUUUUGUCUAAGACCUCCAGACUCAUCCAGCAAAAAUCUGGCUCUGUUCCACUGAUCCCUAUUGAAACAUUUCAAGACUGUGAAUGUUAUGGACACUCCAACCGGUGCAGCUUUAUCGACUUCCUGAAUUUAGUGACCUGCAUUAGUUGCAAACAUAACACUCGGGGACAGCACUGCCAGUAUUGCCGGCUUGGCUACUACCGAAAUAACUCCGCAGAGCUGGACGAUGAGAAUGUGUGUGUAGAUUGCAACUGCAACCGUGUUGGCUCACUGGCCAACCGUUGUAACGAAACCGGGCACUGCGAGUGCAAAGGCGGUGGCGUGACGGGGCCAAAAUGCGAUGACUGCUUGCCCGGCUACUACUGGAGACAAGGUUGCUUCCCGAACGUCUGUGAUGACGAACUCCUGAUUUGCCAAAACGGAGGCACUUGUUACGAGAACCAGCGCUGCCUCUGCCCGCCGGGUGCCAAGGGCGUCCUGUGUGAACAAACUAAGUGUGAGGGUGAAAACGCAGAGUGCGACUCAGCCUCCGGGACGUAUCUCAGCCUUUCGGCGUUGGUGGCCAGCGCGGUGGGUCUGCACGUGCAACAACUGUUGAACCUCUGAAGAGCAAGGAAGGAGGUGCCCUGCCAAAGUCGACGUGAAAAGCCGCAAGCGAAAGGAUGGGACAGCAUGAAAAUCUUGCAAGCGAAGGAGAGAAGGCUCUUCCCAGCCGCUGGUCUUUUUUGGUCCUCGUUGGCCUAAAGCUGAAGGAUUCAAAGGAGGUUCCUGCUCCUCCCUGAGGUCUUCGGUUGGAUGCGGCUGCCGGAACAGAGACAUCUUUUAGUGCGUCACCGAGACGGGAAAGAACCACGCGACAGGACUUUGGGGAAAUGCAAAGCCUUUGCAUCUUUCCAACGAUUUUCUCACGGGGGGAAUUGUCCAAGGGUCCCCUGGGCAAAGGGGGAGCUGCCAAAAAGGGGGCAAAAAGGUGGGGGGUGGGGAAUGCCCUCAAUUACCUUGCAUUUUUGUUGUACUGCUUUUUUUCCUCCUAAAUCUUCUUCUUCCUCCCAGCCCCAUUUUUACGCCUGUGGUUUGGGAAGCCGCUCCCCUAAAUGGAGGCCGGCAGGUACAAAGGGCGGGGGGAGAAGAAACGACACAGGACUGUAUUCCCCUCGUGUUGUUGGCCGGCUGCCGCUGAGGCCUCGAACGAUAGCGCGGCCUCAAAAUCCAGUUGCUGAAUUUAUUAAGGUUUUUUUGUACUUGUUUCCCAUUUUUUACUCUUUGGUUAAGAGUCUUCAGCUCUCCCGUUAAAGAGCUUUACCGGCUCUCGAGGUUGCAGCCGAACUACGCUGGUUUCUAUUGCACCAAAGUACGACGCGCUCAUCCAGGCUUUGCCGAAUAGGUUACAGUUCAAAUCCUUUUUUUUUUUUUUUUUGGGUAGAGAAUUAUUUUUGUUGGAAUUAUAAAUGUUCUAAAGGAGAGUGGGGAAGGGGGGAGGAAAAACCAAUCAGGUGAACAGCCUCUAGAAAAACAUUUGACCAUAAGUAUUAUGGUGUUAUAAUCCAUUACAUAAAGCAACUUACAAAUUGCUGUUAGGUCUCGGUUAAUUUUCCUCCCAGCUUUGCAAACUUAACUAAUUUGCUGGUAAUCCCUCUAAAGAGAUGAUUUUAAAAAAAGUAGUAAUAACCACCUUGCAUUUCCUGAUACCAAAGAUGCAGUUAGGGGUUGGUUGAGAGUUUGCAUAGGACUUUCCUUUAAACAGGCUACCUUUACUUAGCACGGAUACGUGUUCCUAGUUUUUAAACCAGUAACCAACCCUCUUUUACCAUGGCUCCUGAUUUGCAAGAGGAGAAAUCCUUCCUCCUGGUAUCUUUCAAUAGGAGGAUGAAUUGUUGAACACACAAAGGAUGAUCCGCACGAACAGGAUUAGAGCAAAGGUGGGCCCCUUUGUAGGACUCCCAACAUUGUCACUUGACAAGGCCUUGGGGCAAGAGCCAAUUUUUUAAAAAGGGGGUGGAGAAAAGGCUCAGAUCUGGAAAGAUUUCACAUGCUGACAUGAAAAGAAUGGUGUGGGCGGGGGUUGUGAGAUUUGGGCCAUUUUUGAGGUGCCACGGAUGCUACGAGGGGAUGAUCACGGCAUGGUUGGUCAACCAAAUGCUCCAGGGGACGUUCUCACAUCCUUGUGCAGACGGCCCAUGGUUUCUUCCCCAGCAAUAUAGUGAUCUUUUACAGGAGAUUGUCCUUUCAAUGUUACCCCUUUGAGGGCAGGAGUCUUGUGAAGCCAACGUGGAUGUACAGGACAAGGGAGUUUUCAGCAGGAAGGGCAAGGCAAGAUGGUUUAAAAAUCCAGUAAGGAGGCAAGAUAAAAUGUGACUGUUCGUUAAGCCAUGUCUAUUCCCAGUUAAGAUCUUGGGGGAAGCUGGGGGGAGAAUCUGAGCAUGCCACUUAGGUUAAUAAAUAGUCCUGGGUGGGUGGUCUUAGCAACUUUGCCCGUGUUUGCCGGGGGGGAAAAUAACCACCAAGCAAAUUACAGUUGGUCCUCUGUUUUGAGAAAUGUAAACUCCAGCGGUGAGAGUCAACAUGGUGGUUGCCCUUGGCUAGGAACAUGGGUGGAAAACACAAGGGCAGUCUGCUGGUAGAUUGUGGCAUUCAACAAAAAAGAGUUUUAAAAAUCCCCCAAAUGGUAGCAUUAGCAUUCCCCCCUUUGCACAAUUCCUCUCUCUCUCUCUCAGCUCUGGGAAAAGUUACCGCAUUAAGGGUUACCACCGGGGGAUGUCAAGCUGAGGCAAGAGGAAGAGCAGCCGUUGAGUUCUGUGAAUUGCCUGCUCCAAACACUGCAGGAACCAAAUUCCUGCAAAAUAAUAAAAAUAUAUCCCAGGGCUGGCUGGGAAUCCAGGAAUUUGCUGUGCUGAUCCUUGAGGGAAGAAAGAAGAAAUCACAACCCCCAACAUUUAAUGCUUUUAGUUCUGCAGCCUCAAUGAGAUAUGCAAAUCCGUUCUCUGGCCUAGUUCUGGAACAUUAAGUAUGUUUUGGGAGAACUUGUGACAAAUCCGAGUCUUGAGAGAAUUUAUUGUAUGUAAAUAAAUUGCCUUA